GAUGGCAGUUGCAGUUGCUGUGAACUUCAUCUUGCUUCGUUACGCAAACGGCCGCACGCGACGACGACGGACUCUUCUCUUCCAGUUGAGAAACUUGUAAUAAGAUUGUUUAACAAGCAUGGGAGACCAGGAAGUUUUUAAAAACAGUCCAAGAAGAAAUGCUGUUACUUUUCAGUGUGUUCAAACUGAGUGUGAGCAAAGUGUGCACCUUCGCUAUCCUCAAGUCCCUCUGACAGACGAUUCAUCGGUUUUUGGCAGCGCUGCUGGGCUGAGACAAAGUGCACAUCCUGCUGGAGACCAUGACCACACACAGAACACUUUACUCUGUGAAGGAGGUGACAGACCGAGGUUGAAGAGGCCUUCUGUUCCUAUCUGUAAUGAUCAACUUGAUUCUGGUGACAUGCUGUUAGGAGAAGAGGAUAAAGAGUCUGAUCAAGCUACAGUUUGUCUCUAUGGUAUAUCACCUCCUAAAAGCAUACCCUUAGAUGAUGAGCUUCUGAACAGCCCCAUCAAGGACUGCGACAAUCCACCUAAAAACCCAAAGUCUGAAGUUUGGCAGACUGACUGGCACAAGAAUCACAUGGCAGCUAUAAGCAGCGAGACGUUUGACAGCCUUCUUAAAAUGUGUCCAGAUUUUCAUGACUGUAAAAGCCACAUGGCAGCGUUUGUCUUGAUAAGAGAAGUGUUGGAUACACAGGGUCGUCCAUAUGAGCAUUACAGGGUGGUGUCUGUGGGCACUGGACAUUCAAGCUGCAGCAAAUGGCUUUGCUACAAUGGAACGAUGGUCCAUGACUGCCAUGCCAUCAUCAUAGCCAGAAGGGCUCUCCUAAGGUUUCUGUACAAACAGCUUUUGCUGUUUUUUGAUGCUGAUCCAAAGGCCAAGGAGAAGUGUAUUUUUGAGAAUUGCACAAACAAUCACCAGCUGCAGCUCAAACCCAAAAUCAGCCUGCAUCUUUACACCAAUCAUUCCCCUGAGGGAGCACGGGAAAACUUCAAGGGCUCUGCAAACAGUUGGAACCCUACGAAACUGCAGUAUCACACCAAGGGCUUGCUGGUCCCUGUGACCUACCUUGACCCAAGUUUGUGGGGUUCUAAAGUCUGCUGCAUGUCUGCAAGCGACAAGCUGUGUCGCUGGACUACCACUGGGGUUCAGGGUGCAUUACUGACCCACUUUAUUCAGCCACUUUACAUCACCAGUAUGGUGCUAGGAGGCCAGAAGAUAUUUAACAAGGAAGUGACUGAUAUUACCAACAAGCAAUUAGGAGAUGGGUGGGAGGACUUUCUGCCGCCAUCUUACAAGAAACAAGAUAUCGUCCUUCUUUGUGGCGGCUACGUGGGGCCUUCUGUGACGUCCCCAUUGCACAAAAGUCUCAGCAUCAACUGGUGUCUUGGAGACAAGGACAUUGAAGUUUUAGAUAGCAGCCAGGGCACCAUUGUUGAGGGCUCUCCCUCAGUGAGUGGGCCUGGCUUCUCAAGCAGGCUUUGCAAGAGAGCCCUCUACAGCUAUUUCCGCCAAGUUGCACAGCUGGGUGGGCACAACUACCUGCUGGAGCUUCCCACCUACCACAGUCUCAAGAUGGAAGCCACUGUGUACCAGACAGUAAAAGAAGUGGUCAAACAAAAGUUCCUGAGCAUCCACGCAGGACCCUGGAAUUCAAAAAAGAUGGUGGAUUGCUUCAGUGCUUGAACCCUCCACCGCAAACAUUCAGAGUUUAUCUAAGUUCCCCUAGAGAUUUCAUUCAGCAUUCUUCAGUGCACUUUGCGUUUUAGUUUUAACAGUGGUGAUUAUUUAGUUUCAUGUAUAACACUGGAGUUUUCUGUUUGUGUAGGUGUUUGAGGAAAAAUAAACAAGACUCAAACUGUUGUGCACCACA